CAGGACGUCUGGUCCUUUGUCAACAGUGCGGCCUCCGCCUCUCCGGUGCAACCGAUCGUGAACCUGGGUCAAGGCUUCUUUGGAUACAACCCGCCACAGUUCGCUAUUGACGCAGCAAAAGAUGCCCUGAAUAGGGUUGAUUGUAAUCAAUGCUCACCGACAAAGGGCCGUCCGAUAUUGAAACAAGUAAUUGCACGUCUUUUCUCCAGCUCAUGGAAGCAGCCCAUCGAUGCGGAAACAGAGGUUGUCAUCACCUCUGGCGCUAGCGAAGGCUUGCUUUGCGCCUUCAUGGCUUUCCUCACGCCCGGCGAUGAGGUCAUCGUCCUUGAGCCGUUUUUCGAUCAGUUUAUCAGCGGGAUCGAGCUUGCUGGCGCUGUGGUUCGACAUGUGCCGCUCAAUCCUCCGCAGCAAGAGACGAACAAAUCGAAAGCUCCGUCUAACUGGACUAUCGAUUUUGAAAGUCUUAAGAGCGCGAUCAAUAAUCGCACCAGAAUGAUGUUAAUCAUGGCUAGUAGACACAACCCGACCGGCAAAGUCUUCACCCAGCCGGAGCUGCAAUUGAUUGGCACACUCUGCAUCCAACACAACAUUCUCAUCCUAUCCGACGAGGUUUAUAACCAGUUAUCCUACGCCCCAUUCACCAGUAUGGCUAGCCUCGUGCCCGCCCUCUACAGCCGUACGUUGACGGUUGGCUCCGCGGGCAAAUCCCUCCACGCCACCGGCUGGAAAAUCGGGUAUUUAGUAGGACCGCCACCCCUGAUUAAUGCAGUAGCCGCCAUCCACACCAAGAUCUGUUACAGCACCGCGUCCCCACUCCAGGAAGCCACCGCCAUUGCCUACACUCGGGCAGCGGAGACGGGGUUCUGGGAGGAAAGCCGUGAUCAGAUGCAGCCGAAGAUCCGGCGUUUCUGCGAGAUCUGGGAUGAGCUGGGGAUUCCGUAUACGCGACCCGAAGGCGGAUACUUUGUCCUCGCGGACUUGUCGUCGGUGCAGAUUCCGGACACUUACCCCUUCCCGAGGUGGAUUGCCACGCGGCGGCGCGACUUUCACCUGUGCUGGUUUCUGAUCCAAGAGUUUGGGGUUGCCGCUAUUCCACCGUCGGUAUUUUAUAGUGGGGGGAAUGCGCAUCUUGGGGUGAAUUAUCUCCGGUUCGCGGUUUGUAAAGAGGAUGGGCUGCUUCAGUUGGCGAAGGAACGGCUCCGUGGACUGGAAAAAUACAUUCACGUGCCAGUGGACGUUACGGUGAGAUGA